AACGUCAAAACCACCAACGGAGUAGAGAGAAAGUUGCUCUGGUUAUAGAGCUUGCAGAGAUGCUGAGGCUGUUUCAGGUGAACGAGGGGCGGUUCGUGGACCUGGAGGGAGAGCUGACGCCCAACUCCAGAGUUGGUGAGGUGUGUGAGGGUGUGAGGAGGGAGGGAGGAGGGGGAGUGGUGCUGAUGGUUGCAGAUGGCAGACAGAUGGAGGAUUCGGAACUAGUCGGAGCUUACUCCCCUGGCAUGGAGGGGAAGCCAAUAUUUGUGUUCUACCAGAGAUAUCUCUCCUCUCCUUCUCCUCCCUCUCUCCCCUCUCUCCUCAAACCAAGACCAGACCUAGAGAGGGGACUGGCCGUUCUCAACCAGAAGCCAUACCCAGGUCUCUUCCAGAAACUUCCUCCACUUGCCAAGCAAGUGAGUGACUGCAGCAGUGGUCUGUUCAACAUGUACCAGUCAGUGAGAGAGGACACGCAGCUGCAGAUAUCCGGAUGGAACGCCGUACUCAGGAACUGCCACGGAAUCAUCGGGGUGUACGAGAAACAUCAGCAGCAUUUCUCUAGAGUUCUCGAAAUUUUCCAAUCAUCUCGAACUCACUACCUACAACUCGUCAACAGUUUCCCGGAGCAGGUGAAGUUGUUACAGCAGCUGCCAGUUCCCGCCAAAACCACUCUUUCUCCCUCCUCCUCCUCCUCUCUCUACGACUGGAUCAGCACCCACGAUGAGAAGAACAGUUUAGUGGACCUCUGCAGUGAGUGUGAGAAGGCGUUGGCCCAGGGGGAGGACGGGCAGAUGGCGUCGGCUCUCGAGACCUCCAGGAAACUGCUGAGCUCGUGUUCUCUGGAGAGGCUAGCCAUCGCAGAGGAAGAUGAGGAGGGAGGAGGGAGAGAGGUGGUCAGAGCUGCAGAAUUGUCACAACUCCAAAUCAGAAUGAUGGAGAACAUCCACUCGACGUCCCAGCGAGCCAUGAGAAGUGGAGAUGGAGGUACGGUGGCCGACCUGACAGUCAGCCAUCACAGGAGUUUGCAGCUGAUGAACCAGCAGAAGAGGGAGUUGGAGGAGCUGGUGAGAGCCACCGAGACCAGGAAGACCAGGAUCACUCAACGUAUACAUCAGGGUCUGCGUGUCGUGACAGAGCUGCAGAUGAAGAUCAAUGAAAGCAACAGUGUCUUAGUCUUCCUGCACGAGACACUCAAACUGGCCAGGAAACGGUUUGAGGUGUUGAGAGCAGGUGUGUUCGUGUGGAGAGGUCCUGGGAGACAUCGUGGCUGAGGUGGAGAGAAGAGAGUCCUUCAACCAUCUCUUCACAGAGAGAGUGGUGGAGGUGGCAGAGGAGCUGCGAACUGUCAGAGAAGACGAGAAACAGAAGAGGCACACCUUCACCUCCUUACACCGUCACCAUUUCCUCACCUCCCUCUUCCCCCAGCUCUCUCAUAGACUACCCGACGCCACGUGUCGACUGGGUAGAGUGCCGGCGUCCUCUGAUACCACAGAUCUCAGUCAGAUUAAGAGUUCUCUACCACCUCAGCUUCUACAUGAGGCGACCAUCGCAGAUUCUUUCUCCACUCUACUCUCUCGCUCCCUUUCUGGCCCCUCCCCUCUCCACCACACCCCUCCCCGUACCUCCUCGUACCCGCAACUAAAACCCCGCCCACCUGCCACGCCCCUAUCAGUGACCACGCCCCUUCCAGCUGCAUCACAUGCCACCGACAAGGUAGAAGUUGAAAAACUACUGGCGGAAGCUUCACAAACAGAACUAACAGAAAACGAAACGUACUGGCAGAAAGAAAAACUAGAGCUUAGUGAGCAAAAUAGGUUAGAGAAAGAGAGAGAGAAGCUGGAAUUAAAGGUUCGGGAUUUGGAAGCGAAAUUGGCAGCUGUGAGUGAAGAGAGAGACGUACUGGCGAGAAAGAUGGGGGAGAGUUAGGGACCCAUCUCUGGAGUCAGCCGGAUUCGAAGUUGUGGGAAAACCGAGCUUCGCCGUUUCCGAGGGAGGAAAAGGGAAUAUUCUGGGAAUAUUCUGAAUCUGGAGGCACAGCUUGGGUCUGUCGUAGCUGAGAGAGAUAGGCUGCAGAAGGAGAGAGAGGCUGAUCGCGAAGAGAGGAGAGAGAGAGAGGAGAGAAAUGGCCGAUUCACGAAAGAGAAAGAAAUGAGCGAACUAACCAAGAAACUGCACGAGAGCCAAGUUUGCGGGAGAAUUUGGCGAAAAGCGUGGAAAUUCUGCGACAGAAGGAGAGCGAUCUCCAGAGAGAGGUUCGGGGGAUGAGAGAGAGGGCUAGCGGAGAAGAAAGAGAGGGAGCGGGAGGAGGAGAGGGGCCAGGUUUGCAACGAGGGAAGCAGACCUUGUUCGAGCUGUGGAGGAAGAGACACGAAAAUCCGCAGAGCAGUUCCAAGAACUCCACGGGAACCUCUCAAUCCUCAGAGACACGCUGCAGAGAGCAGAGACGACGAUAUCGGAGCAAAAGGUGGCGCUCGAAGUUCAAACCGCGGAACUGGAGACGGCAAACGAAGCGAAGGGACAACAGAGCGAGAAAUGCCGAGAGCUACAAGACAGACUUGAGAAAAGAGCGGUAGAGAUGAACAGUCUCGAACAGCGGAACAUGCAGUGGAGAGGGGAGUCUGAGGCGCAGAAACAUGACAACGUGACAUUGGGAACUGACAAUGAGGAACUGAGAAAUGAACUGGCGAAGGUCAAAGAACGUCUCAACAGUGAGAAAGAUCGGCUGGUAAAAGAGAAAGAGCGCGAAAAACGCGUUCUUCAAGAAACGAACAACGAGCUGAGAUCAAAGGUGGAGAAACUAAACAACGAAAACAAGUAUCUCAAGACGCACUCGGGAAGCCUUUCUGACGGUGCUCGCUCAUUGGGUAGUGGCGAGAGGACGUCAUCCGAGCAACUACAGUCAGACUCUAGUAGCAACAUUUCCUCCAAUCUACAGUGGGUGAAGGCUACCCAAACCUGCCAGGCCGAGGUCACACAAAUGAAGACUGAGAACGAAAAGUUAAAAUCUGAAAAUGACGCACUCAACUCACAGAGCGUGGAACACGGCGCGGAAAUGGCAGAGAAGGAAAGGGAAAUGGCGGAGCACAAAGUCGAAAGUGUCCGAGUGUGAAUCGGAAAUGGUGGGGAUGAGGCGAGAAUGCGAAAGCUCUCGUCCAAGCUUUCAGAGUUAGAAGGAAAAUACCGAGAUUUGCAGGAUCGGAGCGAGAGGGUAAAGGGGGAGUUGACAACCAACGCAGCACAGUUGAGCUCUGAAAAUGAACGGCUACACUUGCAGUCGAACGAUCAACAAUCGAGAAUCAACCGUCUGAAUUCAGAACUGGAGAAAAUCAAUACCGAGCACGCAGAGCUGAGUCAAAAGUUGACGGAAUUGGAACUGAAGUCUGCACAAACGGACGAAGAGAACGCGCAAUUGAAAACGGAAAGAGCGAAAAGAUUCACGAACCAGACCCCCCGAGAGAAGGUACGGAGUUGAAAACAGCCGCCAGAGCAUCUGUCUCAAGUGUCAAGACCACCUCCAAGAGGUCGCAGAGUUGCGGAAAUCUCUCGGGGAGAAGGAAGAAGAGUUGAAAAGAUCCGAAUACCGACACCAGCAGGCUCAGAAAGCGUACACCAGUUCUAAAGCUCAGCAGGAGACUCUGAGACUGAGACUGGUAGCUUUGGAAGAGGAGAGGAGGGGAGAAGGGUUUAAAGUUGGUGGGGAGCGAGAGAGGGAGGGAGAGAGGAGAGAAAUGGUGGAGAAAUACACUGGGGAAGUUG